CAGAGGCUGGAGAGAUUCACCUGCUCCAGGAGAGUGGUGCAGCUCUCGAGCUUCUCCAGGCUGACAGCUCGAGCCCACGGUCUGCUCUCUCUCUCUCUCUCUCUCUUUAUGUCUGUGUGUGCGCGCAUUCAGGACAGAUUGAUACCCACUGACACCGCAGAACGCUCGCAACCAAACAAAAGUGCGCUACAAACUUCCGGAGACGAGUCAGGGUGGCAGAGAGUUGGGUCGGGUCUGGUUGGGGGGGGUGGAAAAAGAAAAGUUUUCAUUUCAAUUCCCCCCCCCCCCCGGUGAAACAACAUCCAAUUUAUCGUGAUUCCGCAGCGAGAAAUACUGUAAACAGACGGUAACAUGGGAGCGUCUAGCACUGGAGUCUUGCAUCCGAUCUUGUUUCUCCUUCUGGGGUUAGGGAUGCAAGUACAAGCAAUGACCACAGUGACUGCAAUGGUUGGAGAUACCGUAACACUCCCUUGUGAGGCAAAACGAUUUGGUGAUUUGAACUUGGUGUCAUGGAGAGUGAAGUUAACUGACACAUCUAUUGAGCAACUAAUUUCAUACUCAUCAUCUAGCAGCGAAACAAAAAUGAAAGAUAUACCCGAAUACAAGGACAGGAUACUCCUCAAUAAGAAUUUCUUCUUGAAUAUCACUGAUGUUGGAAUUAAGGAUGAAAGAGUGUUUUCCUGUUUUACGUUGGUGGGUUCAGACAUAGAUGAAGUUCCAGUCGCCCUCAAAGUUUACAAAACACCAUCAAAUCCUGAAAUAAUGGCACUGGCUACAUUCCUAAAUGAAGGGGUACUGCAGAAGGUUGGUGUGUGUGUUGUGAACAAUAGCUACCCAAUGCCAAAUAUUACCUGGCAGCACAAUUAUAAGGACGUGGACCUCAGCAGCCCAGAUGUGAAUGUUACCAAUAAUGUAGUUACUAAUAAAAACGGUUUUUAUGAAAUACAAUCUUCUCUGAGAUACUCAUCACGAAGGGAGGAGGGAAAAAUUUCCUUUACUUGCAUGGCAAUUUAUUUUGAAGGCCUGAACAAGACGGCAUCCAAAGAAUCUUCACCAGUCACUUUGUUGAUCCACUACAAAUCUUCAAAGAUUUCAUUGGAAGUGACCCCGGCACAAGAUGUCGAAGAAGGAACAAAUGUUACAAUGUCAUGCUCAGGUGAUGGGUAUCCUCCUCCGGAAAAAUUCAACUUCAUGAAAAAUGGAGAGGAGAAAGUUGUGGCCACAGAUCAUUAUGGGCUAAUUAAUGUGACACAAGACGAUACCGGUGAAUACACAUGUUCAGAGCAAGAUAACCCUGACAUAAAAGAUGCUGUUAACGUUACUGUGCACUACUUGACCUUGACGAUGAAUCCGAAUGAAAACGUCUCUAAGAUGGUUGGAGAAAACAUAACCCUGGAAUGCCUUGCUUUCUCUUCUGGAGCCCUGCAAGUUACCCUGAUGAAAAAAAAUAGGGUUUACCAAACACCCCUCAGGUUGGAUUCACUGCAGUAUGUACAUUCUGGUACUUACACCUGCUCAGCCAAGUUGGUGGAAGUAAAGGAAAUGAAGAGAGAGAAAACAAUAAUUGUACGGGUGGAAGGAAAGCCCAGGAUAACUAAAUUGACAAAGAAGGUUGUGAACAAUACUAAAGUGAUUACCUGUGUUGUGGAGGGAUUUCCCAAACCAAUUGUGCAGUGGAGCAUCAAUGGAACAGCUCCCAGAGAGGAAUCAGUAAAGGACAGAAAAUCACAGUGGAGCCACAAGAUAACUGUACAACCUUCAGAGAACAUUACUGUAACAUGCCUAGCCACAAAUGCUCAUGGACAGGAUCAAGAUACAGUGAAUCUAACUGCCAUGCGAUUCAAAGAACCAGUGGAUGAAACUCUCGAGCAAGACCCUGCAGACCCAAGGGAUAAGAAGAACGAUGGCAAAAACGACCAGGCCAAGGUGAUAGUGGGAGUCAUUGUUGGCCUACUUAUAGCUGCUGUCAUCGCUGGUGUGGUUUAUUGGUUGUACAAAAAGAAAAGCCCAACAUCAAAGACCAAAACCAAUGAAAGAGGCACUGCUGAUGAGAUCAAGAAGAUAAACAAGGGAGAUAACAACCACACAUCAGGUUCCUCAGCUGUAUAACCACAUCAUCUCAACAAGUCAGGGAAAGAAAACAUCUACUCAGAUACAGAUUGGCCAAGGACAUGAUUGACGUUGAAACAGCGAAUUGUAAAAUAUGCUGAAAUCAACAGCAACUUGAAAUUGCCAUGUUUCUCCACCACUGGCAAAGCCUUAUCUCUAAGAUAUGGAAAUACAAAUAUCUUCAGCUGAAUAUCCAAAUAUUUUUAAUGAAACACUUUGUUUGUUACUCUGUGGGCUGAAGCAGCAUUUUACUUGAGCAGUUUGUACAUAAGGGUGUCUCCUCACACUGAUGACGCAAAUAUGCAGUAACUUUUCAUUGGAUUCAACACAUACAGCACAUGACUAAUAUUAGAAGAGGUGAUCACGAUAUUACUCUCAACUAAGGGACUCAGUCCUUCAAAGGAUAAUAAAGUGCCCCAAUGUAACAAGUGAGGGGUUAAGAUAUUUUAGGAAGUGUGUUUCAUUGUUUUAAAUAUCUGCACUGAUGUGUUUGCUUUAAAUGUUAAUAUAAUUUUCCAGGGGGUGGUGAAUACUUUCAUGUGCCAUUUCUUUAUGGCGUUGGUUUAUGGGUUAAUGUGGAUCAUACUGCAAAUGUAUUUUUUUUAAAUAUUAGCUUCAGAUUAAUUUUCAAGGCAAUUCUGGUUACUAAGAGUUGGUACAAAGCAAAGAUUUCAUUGGCUGAGUUGAUGUUAAACCAUUGUUAGACUUUCAGUGGAACUUUCAUUAUCUUCCCUGAUGGAGGAAAUUCCAAGCAGAUAUGUGUCUAUGAAUUUUAGUUUUAGAUCUGUGUUACAGCAAUUGCCAGAAAGGGAAGGAAGGUAAGUAAAAUACAUUGGAUCAAAUUUUACAGGGUCUUGUAUAAUGUGGACUUUGGUGAGAAAUCAGGGAGAAUUGCAUUACAAGUUCACUGAGACCCUUCUUAUUGUUGGAAGCGACUAGCUGCAUUUUCCAACUAAGUUCUCGUUUUACAGGCCUCAUUAACUAUAUAUCUCAUCUUAUUAAUAUACAACUACUUGUCUUUCCGCCCACGAAUUCCUGACAUGGAAGCUGCCCUUCAAGCUACAAUGACAACUGGCAUUGAAAUGGUGCUACAAACUCGUGUAGAAUCAGGUAACCCCACUCACAAUUGGACCAGGUGGAAUCUCAGGGCUUCUUGCUUGCUCUCUGAGCAUUUACUCAGCUUGAGCCUAUCUGGAUGCUGACAAAAUCCUUGCCUUUUUGCUCUUAGCUCUGGCUUGGUGAGAGGAAUCAAGUUGUCAAUGUUUCUGUCUUGCAUUGUCAUUUAGCACAGAUACAAAGCAAAGCAGCUUAUCAUGGUUGUGACCAGUCCUCAAUCACAUCAAGGGAGAUAGCCUUCAGUUUAGAAGUCUCAGUGCUGCACAUCAAGGGCAGCUAUCCACAUCAGGUGAGUUGGGUUUGGCACAGUCACUCAAAGCAGUCAGUGGCAGGACCGUCCCCUUAGUGAGCUGCAUGUUGGGCAGAUCACCAGCUGUCUUGGGUUUUUAAUGCCCUAAUGUAGGCUAUUUUCUCCUGGAAUGAGAGAAAUGUGAGAACUGAGUGAGAUACAAGUGGGUGGCACAGCUGUUUAAGCUAGUUCAGGUAGGACAUGGUGAUGUAUCCCAAGAAAAUGAGAAGGCAGCAGAGAUAGUAGAGUAGGGUUUGAGGUGGGUGAAUGAGUUGGAUAGGGCCUGAACCAUGGUUGGAAUUUGAUGCAGUAAUGGAGAUGGUCGUAGAGUUCUCAGCUGCCAAAAAGAGGGUCAAAGACUCGGAAGACAACUUUAGAGCAGGCUGGCAAGGUCUGAUAGUAAGGCCUCUGCUGCUGGCCUUAGGGAACAAGGAUAUCAUUCAUAAGAACCACUAGACAAAUGGUGCAUAUCUGCAAAGUGAGGAAACAAGGUACUUGUAUCAAACAUCUGGGAUAAAUGUCAGAGUAGAAAACUUUGGACUGAUGGUGCUCAUCUAAGUGCACAUCUGUGUUUAAAAAAAUGGCAUGGGAGGCAGAGAUACUGGUUUGAGAAAUCCUGGACUGCUGAGUUCUUCCAGAGACAUAGUAGUAGAAGAACUGGGCUAGUCUCAGAUCUGAAAUGCAACAUAGAGGUGGUGUAGGUCAUUAAUGAGGCAAGUUUGGGUCAAUAGCAUGAGAAAACUUGACAAAUUUGACACUUAAGCCAAAAAAAAUUCAGACCAUUUGAUUCAGUCAUUCUGAGUAGCAGCAUUUUUGAUGGGAGGCAUUUGAUUAACAGGUUUUCGAAAGAGCAACAUGACAUACAAAGCUUUACCCUCCAAAUGUUUUGAUGAAUAGUCAAAAAAUCAGAGCAAAGAUAAUGAAGGUUCCACUGUCUCUUACCAAUUGCUCACUUGGGUUUAAAUUUUCCUGAUCCUUGCUGCUAGUUUCACCAACUAGUUGCACUGCUUAAAGCACUCUUUAAUAGCAAAUUGAAAUUUGCUGGAAUAUGUUGGUUUUUAGUGAUGUAUGCUCUCAAUGUAUUGGGUUAGAAAAGAAAAGUACACCACUAGAUUUCCAUUUGUUGUGCCUCCCAAAGAACUGGAAUUAGGGAAGAAGUAAUGUAUAUUUAUAAAUGAUGCAUCUUUUUGUACUGAUCUUAACUGAGGCAUCCAUAGAUAACAUCCUCAAAUGUAUGAGAGAGCAGUUGGCAUCCAGAAAAUUAUGAAAAGUAUUAAAGCCAAAUAUAAGUGAUAAAUAGGAAUCAAACUAUUUUGUUUACAAACUCUUGAGUUUUGCAGAGCAAACAGCAACUUGGAUUAUAAUGUAUAUUAUUUAGACAUAAUGAGCAAAAAAUGGAAAAAGUCAACUCUGUUACAUGUAGCAUCAUAAAUACACUCAAAGAAUGAGUUUACAACAGUGAUGCACUACUGACUAGAUCCCCAUAUAGAUUUCACCUGGUUCAUUUUUUUUGAAAAAAUGAAAAAUUAAAAGUUGAAGCUAGUAAUUGAUCAAUAUUUAAUUUGCCAUAAAUGUAUAGACAUUGUGGGAUGAUUACUGAAUACACAAGACGUUUGUGAAAAAUAUGCUAAAAUUGUGCACGUUUGAGAGGAACUUAUUCUCUUAAUUUCUGUGGUGACCUGAUAUAUGGGCUACUUUUUUCUUUGCAAACUACAGUCUCCAUUUGUGAUGCCCUUAUUUCAUGAAUUUUAGACUUUCCAAAAAUAUGCACCAGAUGUUUGUAAUAUAUUCAGGGGUUGUGACCCCCCUGGAAAAUCACUUACCUGCCCAGCAUAUUUACAUGUUACUUGUAUGUUAGCAGUGCAGGCAGUUAACUAAAUUUGGGUCAUUUAAAGUGACAUUUCAACUUUGAUUCAUGAUAUAGAAUGGAUUCUAUGUUUUUCUGUUAUGGCAGUAAAGCAUAGUAGAUGGACCUAAUGGUUUUACAAAGAAUUGUUAGUCUUCAAUCACUGAAUUUCUGAAAUACACAUAAGUGAAUAAUAAUGAUGUCCCCUAAUCCUAUGGAUCAUUGUGACCUCACUUCGUUGCAUGGAAAUAUACAAACAUAAAUCCCAUUGUAAAAACUGAAUUUAACUUAUUCAGUCAUUAAAUGGCAGUGACCCAGAUUAGUUAGCUUGAUUCCCUGUACAAAAACAAUUCAUAAUCUUUAAUCUUUCCAGUUUGCUAAAAAAAAUAAAUGUUUUGAAGCUUCAAA